AUGUACACGGAAAACACGCCGUUCGGCAUCAUCAGGAAGGUCAGCAAGCAGGACGGUUUCGACGCUUACAGGUGGGCAUCGUACCAACGCGGCCCUCAGAAAAUCGGCGACGUGCUCUCGAAGCUGAUGCAGGUGCAGUUCGAUGAAAGCACGGUGGAGGACUUCCUAGACUACUUGGCCUCUUCUGGCCAACGAGACUCUGAGCGACAACGUCAAGAGUGCCGUACUGAUUGUCAGGGCGCCCGAGGCGCUGAAGAACCACGUCUUGCUGUAGUUUCUCAUGGAGGAGAUCCAGUGGCAGAAGGCCAAGAAGUUUAG